CACAUCAAACCGUCCUUUUGCUACAACAUCACAAAAUGGGACGCAGGAAGUCAAAGAGAAAGCCGCCCCCUAAGAAAAAAAUGACGGGUAACCUGGACACUCAGUUCACAUGCCCGUUCUGUAACCAUGAGAAAUCCUGUGAUGUCAAAAUGGAACGGACUCGUAACACGGGAAUUAUAUCGUGCACUGUUUGCUUGGAGGAGUUCCAGACUCCCAUAACUUAUCUGUCCGAGCCAGUGGAUGUUUACAGUGACUGGAUCGAUGCCUGUGAAGCGGCCAAUCAGUAGUCAAGUUGUCCUGCGUUUCACCUCCUCUCUAACCUCACUCAUUUACAUUCCACUCCACUGACUGGUCAGGUGACUUGGUCCCCAUCCAGCUAACACAAUGUAGCAAAGCCUUCAGAAACAGUGGAACGUAGAUUUUGUUGUUGUUGUUGUAGACCAUGACUUUGUUUAAUUUUGCUGAUUUGUGGCUCACUGAGCACAACACAUUUUUCUGGCUGGGCCAGAGUUUUGGGUUUUUGUUUGACAGGACUAUCCCAGUUUGUAAUUUCACAUUGCAGUUCUUAAUGGAAGGACAUUCAUUUUGUCAUAUUAGUGAUUCAAUCAUGAUGUAUUUCUCUUUUUUGUUGUUUUUUCCUUGUAAUCUAAGUAGAUGAGGACAUCCUUCAGUUUGUAAUAACAGAUAUUACCACCUGUACAGAACCUUCAGUAUCUGGUAAUGUGUGCAGUGUAUGGAUGGAGAAAGUACUGUGAUUCUCUUGUCAACAUGUCGCAGGGUUGCAUGGGUUAUUUUAACAACUUUCCAAUGGUUCUUUUAUGGGAGCCUUUUUUAGUUCUCAUUCCUAUCAGUUAUGUUUUUGUUGGGUCUUUUCCUUGUUUUCUUUUGAAUGGCCACAUCUCAACUUAAUUGUUCCUCAUAGUAUGUAUUUGGAAUUGCUCCUUUACAUUUUUUUUGUAGCCUUUUUUUUUUUUUUAAAUCACAAUCACACUUUGUAUGAGAAACUCAAGGAAUUAAAAAACUGUGUAUUUAGCAUCA